AUGGGGGAGAAUGUUUUUGCAAUUAUUCAGAGAAAACUUCCUGCAAAGUGCAAAGAUCCAGGUAUGUUCACUAUUCCUUGUAUGAUAGGGAACACUAGAUUUAAGAAAGCCAUGAUAGAUUUAGGAGCAUCUAUCAAUGUCAUGCUAUACUCUAUAUAUGCUUCUUUAAAACUUGGACCUUUGAAUGAAACUUGUGUUGUGAUUCAAUUAGCUGAUAGAUCAAAUGCCUAUCCUAAGGGUGUUGUUAAGGAUGUGUUUGUGCAAAUUAAUAAUUUGGUUUUUCCUGUUGAUUUCUAUGUGCUUGAUAUAGAGAAUAAUGAUCAAACAACUCCUAUUUUGUUAGGAAGACCAUUCUUAAAAACAUCUAUGACUAGAAUAAAUGUCCAUAGUAGCACACUUACCAUGGAAUUUGAUGGUGAAAUUGUGAAAUUUAAUAUUUAUGAUGCCAUGAAAUACCCUGCUGAUGAUAAUCUUAUUUAUUCUAUUAAUGUUAUUGAUUCUUUAGCACAGGAGAUUUUUGAAUUGGAUGGAAAGGAUGAAUUAGAAGUUACCCUUAGUAAACAUCUUGAGAAAGAGAAUGAGGAGUUAGCUUUAAGUAUUGAUUUGCAGGAAGCAGUAGCAACAUUGAAUGAAUCCUCGGAGUUACGACAGCAAGAAUUAAAGCCUUUACCUAGUCACCUUAAGUACGUGUUCCUUGGAGACAGGGGAACGUUACCCAUCAUUAUCUCAAACAAACUUACUACAAUGCAAGAAGAAAAACUUGUGCAGGUUUUUAAGGAGCAUAAGAUGGCUAUUAGGUAA